AUUAGGACCAGGAGUGUGAAUGGGAUGGAGUCGAUUUAAAAGAUGUAAAUGGAGAAGUUGAAGUUCCAAGAGGAAGAUUUGGAGAUCUUUGCAGUUUCAAAUCGGUUUCGCAUUAAAAGGCAAAGAACAGAACAACAUUGGUUCUCGCUAAAGCGAUCCAUUACUGUCAAUUAAUGUCAAACUGCACGUUGGAGCAGCAUAAUGCUGCCCUGCUGGGAGAAACACUGCUAAUGGAAAGUAAGCUGUUAAAGAUUCAAUGCAUUAAAAACACAGCCUAAUGCAGUAGAAUGCCUUCAAAAGUCUCGUGCUUGUACCUGUUGACAGUCGUUUGCUGGGCAAGCGCUCUCUGGUACCUGAGUAUAUCCCGGCCGACAUCGUCCUAUGUUGGUCAGCUGUCUGUGCCGAUACGGAAGGCCGCGAAGCCCCUCAAGAACACCACCUUCAGCAACAUCCGCACACGGCCCCUCAAUCCGCACGGCUUCGAGUUUGUCAUCAACGAGCCCAAGAAAUGUGAGACCAACACCCCCUUCCUGGUCAUCCUCAUCAGCACCACCCACAAGGAGUUUGACGCCCGGCAGGCCAUCCGGGAGACGUGGGGGGACGAGAGCACGUUCAGCGCCGUGCGCAUCCUCACCCUCUUCCUCCUGGGCCGCAACACCGACCCGGUCCUCAACCAGAUGGUGGAGCAGGAGAGCCAGAUCUUCCACGACGUCGUGGUGGAGGACUUCAUCGACUCCUACCACAACCUGACCCUCAAGACCCUGAUGGGCAUGCGCUGGGUGGCCACCUUCUGCCCCAAGGCCCAGUACGUCCUGAAGACGGACAGCGACAUCUUCGUCAACAUGGAUAACCUGAUCUUCAAGCUGCUGAAGCCCACCACCAAGCCCAGGAGGAGGUACUUCACGGGCUACGUCAUCAACGGAGGGCCCAUCAGGGACAUGCGCAGCAAGUGGUACAUGCCCAGAGACCUGUACCCCGAGAGCAAGUACCCCCCGUUCUGCUCGGGGACGGGGUACGUGUUCUCCGCAGACGUGGCUGAGCUCAUCUACAAGACCUCCCUGCACACCAGACUGCUCCACCUGGAGGACGUGUACGUGGGGCUGUGCCUGCGGAAGCUGGGGGUCCACCCCUUCCAGAACAGCGGCUUCAACCACUGGAAGAUGGCCUACAGCCUGUGCAGGUACCGCAGGGUUGUUACUGUCCACCAGAUCUCACCUGAGGAGAUGCAUCGCAUCUGGAACGACAUGACCAGCAAGAAACACCUCCGAUGCUAGCAGCGUCCGAGGUCCUGGUACACUUGUGUUCUCUCCCUUCCUCCCUCCAUUUCUGUUUCUUGUUUGCCUUCUCUGUCAGACUGGUACGCUAGCAGAGCUACAAGGAAUUGUAAAACAGCGAGACUUUCAGCCAAUCUUAAUGAGUCUUUAACAAAUAGAUACUGCUGUAUUUAGGCCCAUCGUUUCAUAGGGAUAUGCUGACAGUGAGUUGUUUCCUUGCUGUUCAUGUGUGCACGAGGCUUGUAAAGUGCAUGUUCUCAUUGAGACAAACAAUACCAUGAUGUUGUUACUGGUUAUUUUGUAACUUGUGGUCCAGAAGUCGAAAUAGAACAUCUACACUGUAAAGUUCAUUUUAGUGAAGUAACAUUUUCAAACAAAACAAAUCAUUGAGUUCUUUUUCUGCCAUUUGUUGGUUUUGGAGAGGCUGCACUAUCUGAGGGACCAGGCCUCCCUUAUAUGGAUUUAACGGAUUUAAAAACAUGCUACAACAUAACAAUGGAAUCUGAAAUCUACAGACGUUAAACCAUGCGGGCGGUUAUUUUAAGUUGUUUUCAUUUGAAGAGUAACCUGUUUCCAGGGAGAUGCUCUGCGCCUGUAUAAGCAAGGUGGUUCACACAGACAGAUCUUCAGAAUUCGGUUGAUUCGAAUUCAGAAGAUCUUAAUGUGAAUUUUCCUGGAUCUAUUUGUCGUUAAUGCAACUGUCUCUUUUUUUCUGGAAAGUGACAACCUUAAUUAUUAUAUUUCGCUUUUGGGUAUAAAUUGUUUCAGUCUUGACAUUAUUUUUCAUAGCUUGAAAUAAUGAAUGGUCAUCAUGCUUCCUGUUUCUUAUCAGACUGGCAACUAUUCUAUGACUGUACGCUGUGACUACAGAGAGCUGUGUCAGUUUAUUAUGUAACACCACUAAGGAUCAACCAAUUUAACGAUGUUGUGCAAGUGAUAAUGUACAUUGUAACUAUUUACAUUCCUAAGUGAAUGUAUCAUCAUCUGUGUUUUGCAUAUCAGUACCUUACUGAAGCACUACUAGUGAAUUAACAGGAAACUAUUAUUUUUUCCGAGAGUAUGAAAGGCUUUUAUAGCCACAUUUUCAUUUUUCAGUGUAUUUUUUAUUUUAUUCUAGAAUUAUAAGCUAUUGUGACAUUUGACUGUGAACGCAUUAAGCCCUAUCCUGAAAGGGAUUGUUGUGAUAUAUAUAGUAUAUAUCGUUUUUUUAUAUUA